AAAAAAAAACAAAAAUAAGAACGACAUCGAUAAUAAAACCGCCUGAAAGAGCACAAAGUGCCGAGAGAAGUCGCCGGCUCGCCCGCUGCAGCCGCCGCAGGCCUGGAGCGCCGCACGUCUCGCGAGACUGUGAAAGUGAGCAGUGUGGCGACGGGAGUUGGUGUGGGCCGGAGUUGAGUUAUUUGUGUUGUCGAAGAAGGAGGAAGGGAAAGGAGACCGGAGCAGGGGGGGGGGUUACAUCGGCAACAGAACAGAGCGAGUGUGAGAGCAAUCCGGGGGAAUCCAAUAUGGCAUCGGGCGAUACCCUCUACAUUGAAACCGAUGGCUCGGAGAUGCCAGCCGAGAUAGUCGAGCUCCACGAAAUCGAAGUGGAGACCAUCCCUGUGGAGACUAUCGAGACCACGGUGGUCGGGGGGGACGAUGACGACGAGCACCACCAGCCCAUGAUCGCCCUGCAGCCGCUGGUUACAGACGAUCCGAGCCAGGUUCACCACCACCAAGAGGUGAUCUUAGUGCAGACCCGGGAGGAGGUGGUCGGCGGGGACGACUCGGACCUCCGGGCGGAUGACGGCUUCGAGGACCAAAUCCUCAUCCCAGUCCCGGCCCCGGCUGCCGAGGAGGAGUACAUCGAGCAGACUCUGGUGACUGUAGCCGGGAAGAGUAGCUCCUCUUCGGCGGGGCGGAUGAAGAAAGGGGGAGGCGGCAGCGGGAAGAAAGCGGGUAAAAAGAGCUACCUGAGUGCGGCCGAGGCCAGCGGCAGAAAAUGGGAGCAGAAGCAAGUCCAAAUAAAGACUCUGGAAGGGGAGUUUUCAGUCACGAUGUGGGCUUCUGAUGACAAAAAGGAUAUUGAUCAUGAGACAGUGGUGGAGGAGCAAAUCAUCGGAGAGAACUCCCCUCCGGAUUAUUCCGAGUACAUGACUGGGAAGAAACUUCCUCCUGGAGGCAUCCCUGGGAUCGACCUCUCGGACCCCAAGCAGCUAGCGGAGUUCGCCAGGAUGAAGCCACGAAAAAUAAAGGAAGAUGACGCCCCCAGGACGAUAGCCUGUCCCCACAAAGGAUGCACAAAAAUGUUCAGGGACAACUCCGCCAUGAGGAAGCACUUGCACACUCACGGGCCACGAGUUCACGUCUGUGCGGAGUGUGGGAAGGCGUUUGUGGAAAGCUCCAAACUGAAGAGACAUCAACUUGUUCACACUGGAGAGAAGCCUUUCCAGUGUACAUUCGAGGGCUGUGGGAAGCGGUUCUCCCUGGACUUUAACUUGCGCACUCAUGUGCGGAUUCACACCGGAGACCGCCCCUACGUCUGCCCCUUCGACGGCUGCAAUAAGAAGUUUGCUCAGUCCACCAACCUGAAGUCUCACAUCCUAACACACGCUAAAGCCAAAAACAACCAGUAAAAGUGCGGAGACGCCUCCCAGCCAAUCCUCCACACGAUGGCAUCUUAACGCAAAUGUUCAUUGAAAUACCCUUUGUAUAUUGUUUCUAGGAAAAAAAAGUUUUAAAAGAAAAUUACUUAACGGACUUUUUGAUAAGUAAGGAGAUGAGAAAAAGGAAAAAAAACUUUAAGGAUGAAGCUAAACAGUUUAUCACCUUUAGUACUGAUUUGAGAACACGGUGGUGUUCUGUAAAGCCAACUGGUAAAUAAUGGUCCAUUCAGGAAGGCACACUCACGGACUUUCAUUUAAAGACUAUUCUUUAUACAACUGCGCUAAAAGAGAAAAAUUGGGACUGAUUUUCAUAUCAAAGAAGUAUAAUUUUCACUUGUCUGCAUAGAAAACCAUUUGCUUUUUAAUUUUGUAUUUUUCCAAGUGUGCAUAUUGUACACUUAUUUUGGGAUAUGCUUCGUAAUGCUAUGUGUGAUUUUUUUCUGAAGAUUGAAAUCUGCUUGUAAUAGAUCUUCUUGGAAGAGAAUUGGCAGUUACUGUACUACAUGCAUACUUCAAAAGUAUUUUUUUCUGUAAAAAGUUAGUUUUUUUUUUUGCUCCUUAAUUUGGUUGUAUUCUUCACUGUUAACUCAUUUUGUAUAAUUGUACCGUACAGCUGUAUUGAAAUCAUGUAGACUCUAAUAGCAAUGUGAUUUAAAUAGUGUUAAUCAAUUAAAACCAUUUUAGUCACAACAUUUACUUUAUUUUUCCUGACAUGUACUGCCAGUUGCUAAGUUGUCUAAUGUACUUCACUUCAAAGCCUGUCUCAGAUACGUUACACAAACACAUAAAAAAACGUGGUGCUCGGUUGCAUUUGUAGAAUGUAUUGUACAGGCGUCAACCUUUAAUUCCUGUUAAUAUGUACAUCCCAUGUACUUAAUGAGGCCAACAAUAAAAUGGUGGUCCCAAAGCAAGCACUUAGUAGAAAUUUAAUUUUUAAGAAUGUUAGGAGUUGUACAGGCUAGAAAAUGAGUCUGAUGUUGUGGAUGGAGAAUCAAUUUGCUUGUCUGCUACUAAUCGCAUUUCCUCUGAAAUGGUCCAUGUUGCGGUGUUCUUGAAUGUAUUGUUUUUAACAUGGGGACUGUCUCAAUGUGGCUGCAAAAAGAAGCCUAAUAGCAUAUGAAAGGUUUCUGAAAGCUCCAGUAUCUCAGUUCAGUAGCAUCUUUGUUGAAGAGAGUGAGCCCAAUUGUUGUCAGAAGUGUUACAAUGAGUGCUUUCCUGUCCUCCUUUGUUGCAGACCCCACUCUUGCCUAAUUUAAGCAUUAGUUAUGUUUGUGUGGUUCAGCAGAUUUUUUGAAACAACAAGGACAGGUUUUAUAGAUGUAAAGAAAAGGUAGAGCACUAAGGAAUGAGUGUUCUGCCUUGGAGAAUAGGGUUACAGAGAUUACAAUGGUGACUGAAGGGGUGUAAUGAGAAAACCUGCUGUGGUUAAGUUUCCUGAUUAGCAUCCCUGUGGAUCUUGUGCCUAAUAAAAACAGCUAAUUUCUGUGA